UUCCAGUGCCUUGCAGCAAGAGCGCAAUACUGAAGCGGAGCAGCCUGUCAAAGCUGCGCGUGGAGGCAUAUUAUAAUCGUCAGGUAAUAUUCGAGAUAAUCAACUGCCUGCAAAUGCACCACAGCAAUCCAUGUCAUGUGCAUCAGCGUAAGGCUUGCGGGGUUUGUGAUUAGGUCCAGACAGAGCGCUCACAGGCAGAGAAAGGGAGCUUGGCACUUCGUGACAAAAAUAACAGUAAUAAUCGGUUUCUUACCCCUUUCCCACCUAAUUGGUCCUCCAACUGUUUACAUAUAAUAAUGGAUAAGUUGCAUUCAUCGAUGCGCAAACGGCUCUACAGCUUGCCACAGCACAUUGGACAGAGAACCUCGAUCGUUGGCGAAGGAGAAGACGCUGACAAGGACACCCGGAGGAAGAGUAUCCGGAUGAAGCACUUGCCUUCCCCGUCCUCCGCAAGCAGCUGCAAAGGCGUCGGGGAGACUAGAAGCGGAGACUCGUUGGUCAUGGAGACAGAUAUUGGGAGACCUAUGAAGACCAGCUCGAACGGGGACUGUCGGAGGUUUAGAGGCAGCCUCUCGUCCAUCACAAGUCGACACGUUUACGACUCGGACUCGGCGGAGCAGAGGCGCCUUAUUACUGAAGGAGAUGUCACCCCGAACGAGGAGAGCCCUCCUGGAGCAUUUGGCUGCGCGGGCGACCUGGGUGCGCAAGGCGGCGGCGGUGCCCAACAGGCUUCUCCCGGCCAACAGUCGGGGUUCAUAAAGUUGGAUAACCUUGAUCAAAUUUUGCCGGACGACGAGAGAUUGUACCAGGCGGGCUUCAUGCACAGACAGUUUGGAGCAAUGCUGCAACCGGGGGUUAACAAGUUUUCUUUAAGGAUGUUUGGGAGUGAAAAAGCGGUAGAGCGAGAACAAGAACGUGUUAAAUCGGCCGGCUUUUGGAUAAUUCAUCCUUACAGCGAUUUCAGGUUUUAUUGGGACCUGACCAUGCUGCUGCUGAUGGUGGGCAACCUGAUCAUCAUCCCCGUGGGCAUCACCUUCUUCAAGGACGAGCACACGCCGCCUUGGAUCGUCUUCAACGUGGUGUCGGACACCUUCUUCCUCAUUGACCUGGUACUGAACUUCCGCACGGGCAUAGUGAAGGAGGACAACACAGAGAUCAUCCUGGAUCCCCAGCAAAUCAAGAUCAAGUACCUGCGCAGCUGGUUUGUAGUGGACUUCAUCUCUUCCAUUCCCGUGGACUACAUUUUCCUCAUUGUGGAGACGCGCAUCAAUUCAGACUUCUACAAGACGGCCCGCGCCCUCCGGAUCGUCCGCUUCACCAAGAUCCUGAGUCUGCUGCGUCUGCUCCGCCUCUCGCGGCUCAUCCGCUACAUCCACCAAUGGGAGGAGAUCUUUCACAUGACCUACGACCUGGCCAGCGCCAUGGUGCGCAUCGUGAACCUGAUUGGCAUGAUGCUGCUGCUGUGCCACUGGGACGGGUGCCUGCAGUUCCUGGUGCCCAUGCUGCAGGACUUCCCCGCAGACUGCUGGGUGUCCAAGAACAAGAUGGUGAAUGACACAUGGGGCCAGCAGUACUCCUACGCCCUGUUCAAGGCCAUGAGCCACAUGCUAUGCAUUGGAUACGGUAUGUACCCUCCCGUGGGCAUGACGGACGUGUGGUUGACCAUCCUCAGCAUGAUCGUGGGUGCCACGUGCUACGCCAUGUUUGUGGGCCAUGCCACCGCUCUGAUCCAGUCACUGGACUCCUCUCGCCGCCAGUACCAGGAGAAGUAUAAGCAGGUGGAACAGUACAUGUCCUUCCACAAGCUGCCUGCUGACAUGCGGCAGAGGAUCCACGACUACUACGAGCACCGCUACCAGGGCAAGAUGUUCGAUGAGGAGAGCAUCCUGGGGGAGCUCAACGAGCCGCUGAGAGAGGAGAUCAUCAACUUUAACUGCAGGAAGCUGGUGGCGUCCAUGCCACUCUUCGCCAACGCUGACCCCAAUUUUGUGACCUCCAUGCUGACCAAGCUGCGCUUCGAGGUCUUCCAGCCAGGCGACUACAUCAUCAGAGAGGGCACCAUUGGCAAGAAGAUGUACUUCAUCCAGCAUGGGGUGGUGAGCGUGCUGACCAAAGGCAACAAAGAGACCAAGCUCUCCGAUGGCUCCUACUUUGGAGAGAUCUGCUUGCUGACACGGGGAAGGCGGACGGCCAGUGUUCGAGCAGACACGUACUGCCGCCUCUACUCGCUGUCCGUGGACAACUUCAACGAGGUGCUGGAGGAGUACCCCAUGAUGAGGAGAGCGUUCGAGACGGUAGCCCUGGACCGCCUCGAUCGAAUAGGAAAAAAGAACUCUAUCCUGCAACACAAAGUCCAGCAUGACCUCAACUCUGGCGUGUUGAACUACCAGGAGAAUGAGAUCAUCCAGCAGAUUGUUCAGCAUGACAGGGACAUGGCGCACUGCGCUCAUCUCCUCCAGACGGAGCUGCCGCCCGCGCCCCCCUCCCCCACCUCCGUAAUAUGGGCGCCGCUCAUACAGGCGCCCCUCCAAGCCGCUGCUGCCACCACCUCGGUGGCCAUCGCGCUGACGCACCACCCCCACCUUCCCCCCACCAUCUUCCGCCCCCCGGUGUCCUUGCUGGGCUCCGUCAAGGAUGCGCCCGGCCGUCUGAAGCGGUUCCCCCCUGUGCGUACCUCCAGUAGCACUGGCUCAGGAGGGGACUCUCCCUCCAGCACCCCCUCUAAGCAGCACCCGGUGGUGGACACACAGGCAUCCCACGCCACAUCUGCCUCCGCCUUUGCCUCCGCCUCCGUGCUUUGCGGCUCCUCCUCCCAGCCCUCCGCCAUUAGCACCCAGCCGGGACCCAGCGGGGCGUCUGCCUUUUCAGGAUCUCCACCCUCCAGCACUGCCCAGCUCCACAGGCAGCCCCUCCAGCAUCAGCAGUCAUUCUCCUGCAGCACACCUCCACUUACAGGCUUCUUCCAGCAGGGGGCGACAGGAGGGGCCACCGCUGGUACUACAGCGAGCCCCAUGCUCGGGGAGAGGCAGCCGCCACCCCCCAAGCCUCCGCAGACGGGUCCCCUGCAGCAGUUCGCAGGAGGGGGGAGGACUUCAAGUGGCCUAAACCUCUUCCACACACCCUCCUCUGGCUCCCCAUGCUCCAACAAGAGCCAGCUGGCCCAGCCCACGCUGGGCUCGCCCUCCUACCUGGUGCAGCAAAGCCUGGCAGGCCUGCAGGCCGGCCUCCUCCCUCAGCUGCAGCAGGAGCGGUCGGCCCUGGCCUCUCUGUCUCAGUACGGGUCUGGGAGCGUGUCCCCCUGUUACACUCCCCUGGCGCCCAGCCCCACCCUCCAUAGCCCUGCCGCAGGUAGAACUUUCCACCACAGCGACCCCUCGAGUGCCGUCGGGUCGCACACCUCGCUGCUAAUGCCCCAGCUGUCGUGCCCCGCCCAAGUCCCCAGCCGGCCCCGAGCUGGGGCGGAGUCCCCGCUAGGCCUUUUCUCCCAGGAUCUGAAACUCAUCUCCACCUCUCACCCCUCCCUGUCCCAGGAGGUGGCCCAGGCAAUGGCCCAAUCGCCCCCGCACUCUUUCAGAGAUCCCGGCUCACACUUUUCGCCCUUCCCCUCCCCGACGCUCUCGGCCAAGCCGCAUAGCUCCGUCCCCGCUCACGUGACUCUCUCCCGACAAACCUCCUCUUGCUCUAUGCCUCAGACUCGCUCCCCAGGGAUGUCCCCCUCCCUCCCCCCACGGAAAGGCUCCUUAGCCUACACAUCUGAACUAGACCCCAUUCGCUCUAAACUGCACUCCAAUUUGUGAGGUUCAAUCACACCCUCCUGUGUACCUUGGACUAAAAAGUAAAUAAAUAAAUAUUCCUUGGCGGUGUUCUUUUCCACCCUAGAAAUCAUCGUGUUUCAAACGUAAUUACUUUAAGUACCGUAGUAUAACUGUGAUUUAAAAGAAAAUGCCUACUAGCUUUGAACUCAUAUAGUAGCUUAUAUGGUUUUGUUUUGUUUUGUUUUGUUAUUUUCUCUUUUUUAAUCCAUAGAUAUAUACUGUAUGUAUAUUGAUAUUUAGAGUAUUUUUAUACCCAAAAAUAGGAGGGUGUGAGAUGAUAUCCAUUUAUCUGAGGGUUAUGACCUUAUUAAUUUUAUCUAUGCCAAAUCAACCAAGUGAAAAUGUGGUUUGAGAGAUCAAGACUGACUUUAGUGCUUCUAGCAGGGACCUAUGCACUGAAACCUGCAUAUAAAACACCUUUCUGUUUGUUUUAAAUCAAAUAUUGUCCUUCCUUUUUAAGGGUAUAGAACACAUAAUUUAAUAUGAGUAUAUCUGUUUCAUCAUCUUAGGUAAAAUCGGGUGUCAUUGAACCUUACAUUUAAAAAAAAUGUAUGAACCUUAAUGACUUUUUUUCUCCUUUUGAUUUUCAAAACCUUUUCUUAUGGAGGAGCAACCUGAGGAUUAAAAGGAAACCAAAAGGAGGGUAUCUUGAAGAAGCUAGUCCAGCUCCUCCUUCCUGUAUGUUUUUUCAUUGUUUUUUCUAACAGUAUUGGAGUAAUACCGGAGGUCACCACAGGAGGCCGCUGUUAUUUUGUGACAGACUGAAAGAAGAAGGGAAAAAGACAUUUCAGUAAAAGGCUGAGUGUAGUGUCCUUAGUGGUGUCCUAACAACACUUUGUCUUCCGAGAUCAUGUAGCAGCUGUUUUGGAGUUGAAAGAAGCUUCUGCUAUCAGUGUGUACUGUAUGUGCUUCGAUAUGGGUGUGUGUGUGUGUGUGUGUGUGUG